GCGCAAGUCGAUCGUCUCUUUAUCAUAAUUGUCAUAUAUUUUUUUUUUAUUUAUUUGGGUCCAGGUGUGUUGUUGUUUUUGUUGUUAAAUAUACAUAUGUUGUUGAACCAGUGAUCAUUAUUAAAUACCUAAACACUCGAUUAAUUAAAAACUAAUGUGUCACGGUCAGCUGGCAUCUCGAGACAAGAAAAAAAUAACAACAUCGUUAAUUUUUUUGUAAACGUACUUUCGCUUUUGCUCUUUUUUUUCAUCACUAUUGAAAUUCUUGGCAGUUGUACUUGGUGUGUGUCGCAUUAGUUGGGAUCUAAAUCUAAACACAUGUGGUUGUCCUCAUGAUUUACAAUAAAAACAUACAAAUUUGUGCUCUAAUUAACAAAUUAUAAUUUUAUAUUAAAAAAUAGAAUUAGAAUAAAUAAUAAUUAUGGUAGAGCCAAUUUUUGAUUAUCAAUUUAGGUUGAUAUUAAUUGGUGACAGUACAGUUGGAAAAAGUUCAUUACUUAAAUAUUUUACUGAUGGUAAAUUUGCAGAGCUAUCAGAUCCAACAGUUGGUGUUGAUUUUUUUGCUCGAUUAAUUGACGUUGAUGAUGGAACAAGAAUUAAAUUACAACUUUGGGAUACAGCUGGACAAGAAAGAUUUAGAUCAAUUACAAAAUCAUACUAUAGAAAUUCAGUUGGAGCACUGUUAGUUUAUGAUGUAUGUAAUAGAGCUAGUUUUGAACAUAUUCCCCAGUGGAUGAUGGAAGCUCGAAGGCACAUUGAGCCACAUCGUCCAGUAUUUGCUCUUGUUGGUUGUAAACUUGAUUUGGUAACAAAUGGUGCUAGAAGAGAAGUAUCAAGAGAAGAAGCAAGAACAUUUGCUGAUCAAAAUGGUGUUCAUCAUAUUGAAACAAGUGCAAAAACAGGUGUUAAUGUUACUGAAGCAUUUCGUGCUGUUACACAAGAAGUUUAUAACAGAAUUAAAACUGGUGAAUACAAGGUAGAAGAUGGAUGGGAUGGUAUCAAGACUGGAUUUGCACGACCGGGUGGUUUAGAUUUUAAUUUAGUUGAAGCUGAACCAGCUAAAUCAUCAUGUUGUUGAGUGAUUUAUAUAAUUAAAUUUAAGAUAAAUUACAGUCAAAUAGUUUAUUUUAUUUUAUUUUUUUUUUAAUUUAAAUUAUAUUCAUGACUGUUUUAAAUUUUUUAUAUGUUUAACAUUAUGAUUUGAUAUUUCGUUGCAGUUAUACAGAUUUAAAAAAAAAAUAACAAAUAAAAUAGCUCAUUCUAAAAAUAAGAAGACAAUUAUUAUGUUGACUUAAUUUUGUAUAUAGUUUGUAAAUUAACUCAUCAAUGCAUUAUCCAAAAGAAAAAAAAAAUAAAUAAUAUAGAUAUCAAUAGGAUAUUUUUAAAUUCAAAAAAUAGAUUUACUUUUUUGUUUUUUAUUUCCAAAAAAAAAGAUUUAAUAGUUGACAAAUAGAUACUGGGAAAAAAAUAUUAUUCUAGAUAUUAUUUAAAUAUGUAAUUGUCUUUGACAAGAAAUAAUUUGUUAAUAAUUUUAUGGUCAAUUUAUAAAAUAAUUACAUUAUUGUCUCUGCUUAAAUAAUCUUGAUGAAUAUUAAAUUAAAAAGCAGAAUUUAUCCGCUCCAAAACCAAACGUAAAUUUAAAAAAAGAAAAAAAAAAUAAUAUACUUUAUACGAGAUGUAUUCAUUAGCGCUGAUAAAAAUUAAUUAGAUUACAAUUAAUAGAUAUUUAAUAAUAUAUAACUUUAAAAAAGUGAUUUUUUUAUAACACCAGAAAUCAAAAUAAAAAUAAAUAACAUUUAUAUAAAUUUAUGAAAUGUAUCGUUAUGUAUAAUUAACAUGUCAACUAAAACAAUAAACAUGUAAA